AGGAGUAGCUCCCUGAUAUCAUGUCAUGGCCUGAAGAUGUAGGAAUACUCGCUCUAGAGGUUUACAUCCCAAAAACUUACGUCGCUCAUGAUGAGCUGGAGGUGUUCGACGGGGCCAGCACAGGAAAGUACACGAUAGGUUUAGGACAGCGGGGUAUGGGGUUCUGUUCAGAUGUUGAGGAUAUCUGCUCCCUGAGUCUGACGGCAGUACACGGACUCAUGGAGAGACAGAACAUCAGCUACUCCGAUAUUGGUCAUCUCCAGGUAGGAACAGAGACGAUACAAGACAAAUCAAAAGCAGUAAAAACAGUACUGAUGGACCUGUUCGUGAAGCACGGUAACACGGAUAUAGAGGGGGUGGAUUGUAUUAACGCAUGUUACGGCGGGACUGCUGCUCUCUUUAAUGCUAUUAAUUGGAUCGAGAGUAGUUCUUGGGACGGAAGGUACGCAAUAGUAGUAGCAGCUGACAUAGCAGUCUACGCUAGCGGACCUGCCCGACCUACGGGCGGAGCUGGAGCUGUCGCCAUGCUUAUCGGGGCUAAUGCCGUCCUUUCCAUCGACAGAGGUCUAAGAUCCACGUACAUGGCGCACGUGUACGAUUUCUACAAACCGGACCUGAACUCCGAGUACCCACGUGUAAAUGGGAAACUUUCCAUUCAGUGCUUCCUCAAGGCUCUGGACGUUACUUAUAAGGGGUACAAAGAUAAGGCAGCCAUGAAGGAUAACCAGGAUGUGGACCUGUCUUAUUUUGAUUUUAUGACAUUCCAUUCACCGUACUGCAAACUGGUUCAGAAAUCCUUUGCUCGGUUAUGUUAUCAAGAUUACCUUGCAGACAGUACUGUUACCGACAAACUGGAACAAUUCAGACACGUAGCAGUUGAAGACACCUACAUAAACAGAGACUUAGAGCGAGCCUUUAUCUCCCACAGUCAAGAAGAGUUCGACAGGAAGACGGCUCCUUCACUCCUCAUUCCUAAAAACGUGGGCAACAUGUACACUGCAACCCUCUACUCUUGCAUCGCUUCUCUUUUCGUCAAUAACUCUCCAGAAGAAAUGCUGGGUAAGAGGAUAGGAGCAUUUUCGUACGGAUCUGGACUUGCUGCCAGCAUGUUCUCCUUUACCGUUACUUCAGACUUGGACAAGCUUAGACCCUUCUGCAAUGAUCUUAGUCAUCUUUCUCAUCAUCUCAAUAAUAGAAUAAAGGUAGCACCAGAGGACUUUGAGAAGAUGAUGAAGAAAAGAGAACAGAACCACUACCUUCCUAACAGGACGCCAUCCUACCCUGCUAACAGACUCAGCCAGGGAACUUAUCACAUAGUACAGGUUGACGAGGAACAUAGAAGAACGUACACUCGCACCUCCGUACUGGAUACCCUACACAAAGCCCCUGGUGGGACCACCAACCACGACAAAUGCGCUGCGCAUUACUGCCCGCACAUGUAACGCUCUGUCACAAACAUAGCACGUGUAACACACUGUCACAAACAUUGCAGGUGUAACACACUGUCACAUGUCAUAAACAUCGCACGUGCAACACAGUCACAUUUCCAUGAAUCGCACGUGCAACACUGUCGCGAACAUCGCACGUGUAAACUGUAACACUGUCACAUGUCACAAACUUUGAGUACGGCCAUUCAGAAAAUGCGGCAGUUGUUACGGAGUGAUGUCUAGAUGCACCUUUAGUAUGGCGCCUGCCAGAGGAACCAUGGUGCUUAUUAUUUAGUUAUUUAUCUUCCAUAAUUUAGUUUUAAGUUACUUUUCCAUAACUUACUUUUUAGUAUAUAUUGGUUUGUACUGGGUUUUGUACGCAUCUUACCUCCUGUACCACUCCAUCUUUACCGUUUUUUCAAACUUACUUUGUUUACGUCAUCACUGUUCCAGUUUUACCUAGGAAUCGGUUAUGUUAUUUCUACAGUGAAGUUCUAUACUCUUAAGGUGUUGAAUUUGAGAUAGAAAUCUGGCAAAACGGCUAGCAGUUUUUCACCGAAAUUGCGAAAUUAAAAUAGUAAUCCCCGUUUGUUUCUGAUGGACAGGAAGGCCCCCAUUUUAGAUAACUCGGGACUCUAUCUCAAAUCUCAGCACUAUAGAGAUAAUAUAUUUGACAUACCUUACUUUUUGGAUGCUAGUAAUUAUAAGUAAAGUUUAAUGUAUCGAAAUAAAUCCCCUAUUUGUACUAGCAUGUACUUUUGUGUAAUCUGAUAACCGAAAUUUACUCUAUGGUUUGAAGUUUUGAGGUACGAACUUCAUGAUUUAAGCAUUAUGGAUUUGUUAAAUUUUGGACAUCAAGUAAAAUAAUAUUGUAAUUUAUCGAUCGCUGUUGUGGAAUUAAGCUGCAUUGCACAUUGACACAUUUUCAUUUUGUUAA